AUGCUGUUGCACCGUGUGCGCAUUGGCUUGGGCUUGGAGGAAGACCGCAUGGCACCAAAUCCUUUUGCUACCUGCUACGCCAUGCGCAAGGCCAGACCAGGAGGCGUGUUGCCCCAACCUGUCACACCCUUUCCGCCAGUGCCCGUUUUAGACAAAGAGGUAGGCGUCGUUGAAGUGGCGCUUGAAGAGGUGAACGUGGCAGGUGGUGCGGAGAGUGUCAAGGAAGAGCAUUCACGGUUGUCUCAGGGGUUACUGUGGUCAGCCGAAUUUCGCUUGGCUCCUGCAUAUCUGACCUCGUCCCUGAGCGGGACCCAGGUGACUCAGGACCGGAAAGACUUUGAGAGGCAGACCUCCGCGGAAGCGAGACGAGGACAGUUCGCCAUUGAUGUGCAACUCUUGGAAUGCGUGCAACGUCACGAAACUUCCAAGGCAGGACUCAAAACGUUGACAUUUCCAGCUCUUUUCUUGGUCCUUGCCUGGAUCCAGGUGAAAGAAUUGCUGAAACAACGUGCAGAUGUCAACUUUCAGGAAGGUACGCCAUACCUCCGCACACCUCUGCAUCUUGCAGUGGAAAGUGGUGGAACUGUUGAAGAGGUGGGCUACUUGCUUCAGGCCGCUGCCAAUGUGAAUGCAGUCAUGGCACAAGGAAAGACUCCUUUGCACGUGGCCAUCCAGCAGUACCAAAGAAUUCCCACCGUGGCGGUUGGAAUGCUGCUGUGCAGCAAUGCAAAGCCGGAUGCCAAAGAUUCCAGUAACCGGACACCCAUGGACCUGGUAAAGCAAGUCUUUGGACAGCUUUCUGCCAGAGGUGCAGACAACCAACCUCUGCUAUCGGCAGCUGAUAGUGCAAAGGCGCGACAGUUGCUGUCCUUGGUGAUGGACCAGCGGAUGGUGGCCUUCAAUUUGGAGAGUCAGGAGGUUCAAAACGUGCAUUUUGCCGACACCGAAGGGGACAAGGUGGUCUAUGACACAAGGUCUGGAGUAGGUUUGUACAGCGUGAAGACGCAGCGGCCGCUGUUCUUCAAGUUUCCGGGCUCAGUCGCGGAACCUGAAGCAAAAGCCAUGCUGGCAUGUUACUGGGCGAACUGUAGGAACGAGGGCAGCGUGUAUAACGUGGCCGUGAAUCCGGAAUCUGGAACGGUGGCGGCGUGUUUGAGGUUUCAGCAGGAUGGGGCACAGGUGAAUCCGCAAAGCGUCAUCGUGAUGGUCAUUUGGCCCAACGGGCAACUGCAGCACGAAGAGCCUCUAAAGCUGAGACUUCCGCCCACCGCAGUUCCUUCGCAAGAUUUGCUCCCGCCAAUGGUCACUAUGUCGCGCAUACAGGGCACUUGCAUUGUCAUGGGUCGGUUGGCAGAUGGCCAGGUCUACUGCUGGCUAUUGAACUCGGCCCGAAGCCAACUCAUCAGUGAGGCAUGGUCCUUCUGCGGUGGUUAUGAGGUGAAGUUGGCCAUGUGUGCUGGUGCCCUGGCUACCUCCGAUGAUGGAGCUUGGGUUUGCCUCACCAAUAAGGAGACAGGUCAUGUGGAUGUCUUCAUCCAGCCGGCCAUGUGGUUUGGAGGAGAUGUCCUUGGCGACACCAAGAAGUACAAUGUCAAGGCCGAUCCCUUGGGCGACACCAAGGUGGUGGACCGCAGUGCCAUGGACCGGGACUUCGAUGCCCUGGGGAAGCGGCCGGGGAAGUCCCAGGCCUUUCCGGGCAACGAGUCCAUGACCGCUCCAAAAGCAAAGGCCCCAGUGAAGACGCCAGAGCCUCCCAUUGCGGAUGGAGUGCUCUUUGGCCCUGAUGGCAUGCCGUUGGACAACAACGCGGUAGUUGAGGAGGACCAGGAAGGACAGCUUCACGCCAAGAUCACUUCUCAUCAAAAGGUGGAAUUACAUGACCAGGGCUGGUUCCAUGCUGAGAGCAAUCGCUAUGAGCAAGAAGAACUGGCCAAGAUGCACAUCCAAUCCAUCAGCAGCGCGGUGGGUCAGCGAGAAACUGCUGGCAACUGUCGCGAUGGGCGCUGGGUGAACAGUCCCCAUGAGUUCCCGGACCUGGGUCUCACCGGCACGGUGCUGUCCAACGCCUUGGUUCCCUUUCCACCCAAUGACCAGCAGUACUAUGUGGGAGGCAAAUAUGAUCCCGUGCAUUCGACCUUGUGGCCAAUUGCCGUGCCAAAUUUUGCGCACAAUGGUACGUCCAGCAGCACCUGGAUCCGGCUGGUGGACUUUGCCCAGCACGCGGAUGCGGUGCAUCUCUUCGAUGAAUUCAGCUGCAAGACACACUGCGGCCGCAUCUUACAGGGAUCUUUGGACAAUGGCUACUUUGUGGAAGCCUUACAGGCUAUUAGCUUGCGACCCAAGUUGGUGAAGCAACUCUUCUAUGCCUGGCAAACCAGACGAAGUAUUUACAUCGCACGUCUCUUCAAACAUGGAACUUGGAUGAGGGUGGAGGUGGAUGACUUUGUUCCAGUUGGACGGUCUGGGAGAAAUGACACUGAUGGCAAUGUGCCCGUUUGUUGCCGCUCUGAGCACUUUCCCAAUGUGAUUUGGCCCAGUUUGAUUGAGAAAGCCUAUGCCAAGAUCCACACCCUUCGUUUCUCCUCGAGUGCCAUCACCGAAGACGACAUGGGCGGCUGGGAGGCCAUUGGUGGCGGUGGCAAGGUGGAGGACGCCCUGGCGGAUCUCACGGGGGGCGUGGCCGGGCGCUUCUACACCAAGGAUGUCUCCCCCGACCGACUCUUCAUCUACAUCUAUGACUUGCAGCGCGAUACCUUGUUCGUGUGCCGGCCCAGCCAAACUCUGUGCGACUUGCAGGGUGUCAGGUUGAACCCCUACUAUCCCUAUGCAGUGAACCGCGCCGUGCAAUGGGAGGGUGGCUUGUACUACCAGGUCUUCUGUGGUGGUCCCGGGGUCCAUGAUGGAGGUCUUGAGGACAUCACAGUGCCGUACAGCCUAUCGCACUGCGAGAAGUUUCCUGAGAAGCGCGAGGAUGGAUUCUUUUGGCUCAGCGCGGAGGACUUCCAUGAAUACUUCGGCACCAUCUUCGAAUGUCGCCUCGUGAACUCCGGUGACGUCUCCCUCCCCGAGAUGCCACCGCCGCGCUUCGACGUCAUUCGGCCGCCGGCCACAGAGAUGUCGCUGAUGGCUAGUGGCAUGCUGUCCACGGGGAUGCCGAUGGCCACAGCGAUCCCGGGAAUGACGGAGUCACCCCACCACUCUGAGAUGAUGGAUGGGGAGGAGAUUCAACGGAGAGGUGUUCAACACGUGGGGCCCGAUGGGCAGCCGUUGGCUUGGUACGAGUGGAUCUAUGCCAACCCUGGAGAAGUGGUGCGCAUGAAUGAGCCGGAAUUCGUGAUUUCGGUGCCACAACAUGCCGUGCCCUGCGAGGUGGUAUGUUCCAUUGAGCAAUUCGAUCCUCGAAUGCUCAUGAAGAGGCCUGGCAGGCCCGAGGCGGUGCCGAUCCUUUGCAAGGUCUAUGAGAAAGUGGACGGGGAGAACCUCUACAGCGAUCAGCUGGUGUGCCGUUCCAACUGGCUCCCCGUGCGGGACUCCAUGGUGGCCUUCUCCGUGAACCGGGGCGGGGAGUAUCUCAUCGUGGCAGAAUUGCCCCAGGAAACCAGUCAUGUGGAGAGGAUGAUCUUCAGGUGUUAUGCCUCCCAACCCUACGUCAUGGUGGCCGCCCAUCGAAUGACCCGGAGACAUUUGCUGGCCAAGCCAGUGAAGCUUCCAGGUGCCUCCAAGUUGAGCUUCGUGGGGCUCAUGGAACCCGCUGGCUUCGAUAAGGACAAACCGGUGCCCCUGGACUGGGACUACGACGCCAUGCGCAAGGCGGUCUUUGACCUGGACACGGGCUGGAACGCCUUGGUACGAGAAGUACAGGAGGAUUGCGCCAUCAUGUGA